GAUCAAGCCCAUUAUUUUCCCCUCAAAUUUCAGAUCACUCUGAUGAAAAAGACAAAGCUUUGCCUCCCUUGACGUUUUGUUUCUUCCAGCGUUAUUUACAAUAUUAUUAUUUGAUGGCAUCGCUUUUAUAAUUCAACUGAAUACUAAAAAGGAAACCAAGUGGCACAACAUGUUAAACCUAAAAGUUAAAACUCAAGAUCUCAGGGGAAGAAGAAGAUAAUGGUGGACAACCACUCCACUCCAUUUCCACUUUCAGCAAAAAAAUUGAGCAAUAGAAAAUUAUCAAUUUCCUUUUGUGGGUUACUGUUUAUUCACCCACGCUUUUCCCGAACAUUUUCCCUUUUGUUUUAAAUCGCCGACUGGUUUUUCACCAAGAGUGGCUCUGUGGCUGACUGGCUGAUGGGGGCCGCUUGCCAAACUGGGGAAGUAUUUCUGUUUUUUUUUUGGGAUUUUAAUUUGCAAAUUUUCCAGAAAGAAGAAGUAGAGAGAGACAGCAGAGACGUAUUGAUUCCACUAACCAAAAUCGUGUGGCCGUGGUUAGUCCAGAAAUAAAGAAAUCAAAAUUCGUGUGGCCGUCGUCAAGAGCUCCCCCCACAGCCAUGGCCCGCACUCUCACCUUUCCUUUUCCUUCCUCUUCCCUUCCCUUCCAGAAAAUUUUCUCGCUUGGAAAGUCGAAAGCGGCUUCAGUUUCAUCCAAAAAAUCGUUCCAUCUACCAGCUGCCAAUAAACCCUCCGCCUUCUCCCGCCGCGGCCGCGCAAAUCAAACUUCCCCGCCGAUUUUCCUUCUCUUCUUGCAGCGGAGAUCUGAAGCUCGGUUCAACUCUGUGCUUUUAAUGGCGUUGACAGAGCGGAGAACAGAAGAAGAUUUGUAGUGGAAGAGAUUUUGAAGAUAGAAGGCACUAGCAAAGGGAAGAGGAAGAAGCCGAAAUAGUACACACUCAGCAGAGGGCGAAAAAAAAUGCGGACGCUCUGUGACGUUUGCGAAAACGCCGCCGCCAUCCUCUUCUGCGCCGCCGACGAGGCUGCUCUCUGCCGCGCCUGCGAUGAUAAGGUUCAUUUGUGUAACAAGCUAGCUAGUCGGCAUGUGCGUGUUGGGCUAGCUGUUCCGAACGCGGUUCCUCGUUGCGACAUUUGUGAGAAUGAACCUGCGUUCUUUUAUUGCGAGGUUGAUGGUACUUCGCUCUGCCUGCAAUGCGACAUGUCUGUGCACGUUGGUGGCAAGAGGACGCACGGGAGAUAUCUCUUACUGAGGCAGAGGGUGGAGUUUCCAGGUGACAAACCUGGCCAUGUGGAGGAUGAUGUUAUGAGGGAUCAAAUGCCGCCACCUAAAUUUAUGAAGCCAGUAACUCAGCAAGAUCGUAGGGUUUCUCCGGCUCCGGUGGCAGAGAACAACAAUUCGGUUGGCAGGAAUGGAACAAUGGAAAAUAAUUUGUUUGACCUUAAUUCCAGCCCUCGAAGAACUAAUGGGAAAGAUCCGACUAACCAGGGAGGUAACGUAGCGAAUGGGGCAAACUGAAGAGUCUGCUAAUGUUGUGGUUCAAGGACCCUUCAAAAGAGAGCAUGCAAAAAGUAAAUCAAGGUAUGGCUACAGCUCUUUGGUUUGGCUUUGAGCUUGUAAUGAGAUAACUUUCAUCCAAAGUGUUGUGUGGAUCUGAACUGCAGACAUUUUCGCCUAACUACGAACGUUUCAAAUUAGUAGCAGGGGACAUUCUAAGUCACUAUAUGUUUGGCAUCAAAGGAAGAAACAGAUAGUUUUUGAUGCAUAUAUGAUCUCAUUCAUUGUUGACGAUGAACUCUAAAUUCUUGAUUUUUGUGGAUAUAGAUGACUCUCAUGGUGCCCGAUUCUGAAGACUUCAAUAGCUCGAAACUCGGCCUUUCACACCAUUAUCAUAUAGGAUAGAUGGUUAGUACACUACUGCUGCCUACGGUUGGUUAGGAGAGAAGCUGAGAUUUUUUCCUUCUUUUUUGUGUCUGUGUAAAGCAAAAUGCAGCUUUUGUUGUGAACCAAGUACAAGAAACUCGUUCAGUAGGGCGGUUCUGAUGCUAGUUAAUGGUUAACAUUUAUACAAAACCACAUGCUGUUUGAUGUAAGGACCUCAAUAAUCUGUUAAACUAGUUCAUCUUCCCAGAAACUGCUGCAAAAUUAGGCCAUCAACGCCUAAAUUAGCCUCCCUAAUCCUCCUCCUCGAAGGGUUGGGGUCAGAAUUACUACAAAAAAAGUCACAUCUAGGUUAGCCUUCUUGAGUCGCUCUCUCCCUUCAG